AUGUCCUUAAACUACAUCAAGAACUUCUAUGAGGGAUGUCUCCGGCCUCCGACUGUGAUUGGUCAGUUCCACACCCUGUUUUUCGGCUCCGUGCGCAUGUUCUUCCUGGGCGUUCUGGGAUUUGCGGUUUAUGGGAAUGAGGCCCUUCAUUUCAGCUGUGACCCCGACAGGAGGGAGCUCAACCUCUUCUGUUACAAUCAGUUCAGACCUGUAACGCCGCAGGUAUUUUGGGCCCUGCAGCUAGUGACGGUUCUUGUUCCAGGGGCCGUAUUCCAUCUGUAUGCAGCAUAUAAAAACAUAGACCAAGAGGAUAUUCUGGAACGACCAACCUACACAGUGUUCUACAUCAUUUCUGUACUGCUACGGAUCGUCCUGGAGGUGGCUGCAUUCUGGCUCCAGAGUCGUCUCUUUGGAUUCCUGGUUCAUUCGCUGUACUUCUGUGAUGCCAGUUCACUAGAGAAGAUAUUCAAAUUCACUAAGUGUAUGGUACCUGAGCACUUUGAAAAGACCAUCUUCCUCAGUGCAAUGUACAUUUUCACCAUUAUCACCAUGAUUUUGUGUAUGGCUGAGAUUUUUGAAAUCCUCUGCAGAAGGCUGGGCUAUUUAACACAUCAAUGAAAAUCAACAACUUGAA